ACCAAGUCCAAACCGUGACAUUUCUUGAACUUAUCACCACUUCAGCUAUGCAUUCCUCUUCUGACUCGGAGGAUGAUCCUGACUAUGUACCCCCAGUAGACAAUGACUCGCAAUCAGCUGGCGAUGAACCGGACCCGAAGCGUGCACGCUUGAGCAGCCCAUUGGAGGAAGAUAGGCUUGAGGAGAAGAAAAAGCGGGAUGCUGCAUGGGCAGAAUUCCAGGCUUCUCUGUCCACGCCACAGCCAAAGGCAUCCGCCUCGGACGCACCACCGCGCAUGGUGAAGAUUGAAAAGCGGUAUCGAUUUGCUGGCGAGGACGUUGUGGAAGUGAAAGAAGUGCCCGAACACUCAGAUGAAGCCAAGAAGUGGCCGCGAUGGCACCCCGCACGGGAGAACGACAAGGAUACCACCACUCCUACGGUGGGGCCCUCGCCGAAACCUACAGCGUCCAGUUCAACACCACCGUCGACUAGUACCAUAUCCAAGCCACCAGCUAAGCGGCCAGGGCCUCGGAAGCCGAAGACGACGCUCGCACCACUACCUAGUGCGCAGAAGGCAAAGAAGCUCACUACGCUGGAUAAAUCUGCGAUGGACUGGCGGGGCCAUGUGCAGAUGGACGGUCAGCCUGGGCUCAAGGAUGAGCUUGAGGCGAACCGCCGUGGUGGUGGCUACCUCGAGAAGGUGGAGUUCUUGCAGCGAGUCGAGGAACGGAAGGCAGACGCGUUGGACGCUAGCACGUCGAAGCGACGCAGGGGUUGAUGCAGCAUUCGACGCUGGACCUUUGACUAUCCUCCGGCCCCUGCUUUGUAUUUAUGUCUGUCCGUAUUCUACCUUGUGUCGGGUUUGCUGCGCCGGCAAUACCACAACGAAUGUUCCCUUGGAUGUGUUACCGCAAGGC